AUGCAUAGAGCUCGUGAUCGAUCCGUUGUGCCUUUUGACCCGGAAAUUAAAAGGACUCUCUCAAAGAGAAGAAUUGCUAGUCCGUCCUUGGAGUUUAGUUCCUCAAGCGAAGAAGAAUUUGAAGAAGAACUAAGCAUGGGAGAACAACCAAGAGUUGCUUGGAAAGAAUUGGGAAUUCCCGGUGCGUACAAGUUUGAGAGUGGAAUUGCUCCACCUACAACACCGGCGAAUGAUUUUGAAAUUAGGCCGGCUAUGGUCGCUUUGAUCGAGAGGAGACAAUAUAGCGGAGCUAAGAAUGAGAGGCGGGCCUUGGAGUGGUUGGAUAAGGAGGUAAAGCCAAACUCCCUAAGAACAUGGGAUGAAGUCACCAAGGAAUUCUUGUCUCGAUUCUACCCACAAAAGAAAACGGCGGAGGCUAGCGCUUUGAUUCAAGGGUUCAAGCAAAGACCUAAUGAAAGCCUUUACGAAGCAUGGGAGAGGUAUAAAGAGUACCAAAGGGAGUGUCCCCACCAUGGAAUUCAAACCUAUCAAGUCAUUAAAAUUUUCUAUGGUGGCCUAACUCUUCAAGGAAAAUCAUGCCUUGAUAGGGGAGCCAGAGGUCCCAUAAUGAAUAGGAAGGAAGAAGAAAUGGUGGACAUUAUUGAGGAUGUGGUGAAGUAUUAUAGAGAUUGGCAAGAUGGUGAGAGGGAUUCAACUAGCAAGAGUGGCUCUUCGGUGUACUAUAUAGACCAUCUAAAUGCGAUCAACAACUUAUCCUCACAAAUGACAAACUUGGGGAAAGAAAUGACCGCAAUCAAGGCCAAGUUGGAAAGCUCCUCUUCUUGUCAAGCUUCGAAUCUUCCCUCCCAAUUUAAGGGGAGAGAAUGUGGUGAUAAUUUUGAUAAUAAUGAGAGUGAGCAUGUGAAUUAUGUGUCAAACAAUAAUGUGCAAAGGACUAAUUUAGAGGAAAUAAUUGAAAAUCAAACCAAGUUGUUGAACACAUACAUGGCCGUUAGUGACAAGAAAUUAAAUGACAUGAUGGCCUAUAACAAAAUGCUCGAAAACCUAAUUUCUCAACUUUCUAAUGCUUUAAAAGACCAAGCAAGCCCUUCGUCUUUACCUUCCCAAGGCCUAAAUCCCAAGAAACCCGUGAAUGUUAUUGUUACAAGGAGUGGUAAGGUUCUUGAGGAGAGAUUACCUAGGAGGAGUGAAGACAAGGAGGUCCCCAAAGAAGCUUUGGUUGGGAAUGAGGGAGAUAGAGCAUCUUUAGAUGAGGUUGUGUUUUAG